GCCGUGGGGCAGGAGCCCGCCGACCCCGCCGUGCGGCAGCGCAGGGACAAGAUCAAGGAGAUGAUGAAACAUGCCUGGGAUAAUUAUAAGCGUUACGCAUGGGGAUUAAAUGAACUGAAACCCAUAUCUAAGCAAGGACAUUCAAGCAAUUUAUUUGGUAACAUUCAAGGAGCAACAAUAGUGGAUGCCCUUGAUACACUCUACAUCAUGGAAAUGAAGGAAGAAUUCAAGGAAGCCAAGGAGUGGGUUGAGCAAAACUUAGAUUUCAAUGUGAAUGCGGAAAUUUCUGUUUUUGAAGUAAACAUUCGCUUUGUGGGUGGACUCCUUUCAGCUUACUAUCUUUCAGGAGAAGAGAUAUUCCGAAAGAAGGCAGUGGAACUUGGAGAGAAAUUGCUACCUGCUUUCAAUACUCCCACUGGGAUACCUUGGGCACUACUGAAUAUUAAGAGUGGGAUCGGUCGAAACUGGCCGUGGGCCUCUGGCGGCAGCAGCAUCUUGGCAGAGUUUGGUACCUUGCACCUGGAGUUCAUACACCUGAGCCACCUGUCUGGAAACCCAGUGUUUGCUGAAAAGGUGAUGAACAUUCGAAAAGUUCUGAAUCGACUGGAUAAACCUGAAGGCCUCUACCCCAACUAUCUGAAUCCCAGCAGUGGCCAGUGGGGCCAGCAUCACGUCUCCAUUGGAGGGCUUGGGGAUAGCUUCUAUGAAUAUUUGCUCAAGGCAUGGCUGAUGUCGGGCAAGACAGAUGAAGAAGGCAGGAAAAUGUAUUACGACGCUGUGCAGGCCAUUGAGACCCACCUCAUUCGGAAAUCAAGCGGAGGCCUGACCUACAUUGCUGAGUGGAAGGGUGGACUGCUUGAACACAAGAUGGGACAUCUGACUUGCUUUGCUGGAGGCAUGUUUGCUCUAGGAGCAGAUGGAGCACCAAAUGACAAGACAGGCCACCACAUUGAGCUUGGUGCUGAAAUUGCCAGGACUUGUCAUGAAUCCUACGAUCGCACAAGCAUGAAGCUGGGACCAGAGGCCUUCAGAUUUGACGGUGGUGUUGAGGCCAUUGCUACAAGGCAAAAUGAAAAAUACUACAUCCUCCGACCAGAAGUCAUAGAGACCUACAUGUACAUGUGGAGGCUCACUCACGACCCAAAGUACAGGCAGUGGGGAUGGGAAGCUGUAGAGGCAUUGGAGAAAUAUUGCCGAGUAGAUGGUGGCUAUUCUGGCAUCAGAGAUGUUUAUAACAACCGUCAAAGCCACGAUGAUGUGCAGCAAAGUUUCUUUCUUUCAGAGACACUCAAGUACCUGUAUUUGCUGUUUUCUGAGGAUGAUCUUCUUCCAUUUGAACACUGGGUCUUCAACACAGAGGCUCAUCCCCUCCCUAUUCUUGACAAAGAGGAUGGAAAUAAAGAAGAAACCCAGAAAUAGAUGAUGAUUAAGUUAUAUUUUGUUCCAUUUGUUAUGUAUCUUUCCAGGACUUGGGCACAUGAUUUGGUUUAAAAUUCCUGAUUUAAGUUUUUAAAUCAAGUGUUUUGCAGUCUGUUUUCUUUACCAGUAAAUAUUUAUGAAUGGACCCAGACUCAGUGAUAAAUCUUCAUGUCUUAUCCAGCUGAACCACUUCUUAGAAAGAAAUAGGACAUCACAGCCCUCCAGAUUUUUUUAGGCUGCAGCAACAUCUUGGCUAAGAAAGAACAGAAGAGUCUGCGUGCUACUUGUUUCCAGUUAUGCUUUUGAUUUGACUGCAAAAUUCUUUCCUCCUCUGUGAGGAGAUGUCUGCUUUAAGCUGUAAUAUUUUUGCCAUGUUGCAAAAAGCCAUAUUGAAUUAAGUAUAAAGAGCUUUGUUGGGUUUUUUUUUUCCUAUUUGUUUGUUCUAUGUUAAUUUGUUUUGUUUGUGUGUCAUCCCAGACAAAUAUUGUGACUGUGACAGCCUCUUAUGCGGGUCUUUUAUUACUUGGUAAAGUAUCUGAUGCAUUUCAUGGUCAGUGAAGUCUACAUAGGACUAUUUUCAUCUCAUGCAGACACAACUCUGUUAGAAAUUACAGUAUAUAUUGAAGUUAUUCUAGAUCAGAUUUAUAAAUUUAGCACGUUCACUAGCAGACUUUAGUUUUCAGGGGUUGAGUAGAAUAUUAUUAUGGACUAAAUUGUUUCUUCCCUUUUGUAAGUGGAGUUACUCUCAUCUGUUUAGCCAGGCUAGCAUUGAGUAAAAUAAGACAGUCAUUUCUCAAUAAACAAGGGAGUCUUUUCUUCUUUACGAAUUUAGUCCAGUAACUUUCAAACAGUUGGAGAGUAAAAAAAUACCCAAUGACAUCAUUAUUCUCAAAUCUGAGCUAAGACUUAUCACAGAGACAAUUUGUUUGGAUUUUGGUGACUUUCUCCAUCAGAUUAGUUCAGGCUAAUGUGAGCCCUGUUUGUUUAUUUUCACAAAGCAAUUUAACAUGUUUACAUGAAAAAAAAGAUGUUGAGAUGCCUUGAAGAAAACCCAUCUCCUUAAAAAAGAAGUAAUCAUUCCUUAAAAACGAAGUAAUCGUUCAUUGUAGAGCUUCUCCUUCCAGCACAGUACUAAAAUUCUUUGACAGCACUAACUGUGCCUUCUCUAAGUGACAGAAGUGCAGUGUGUUUGUUAAACAAUAUUCCUUAGAUUAAAGGCCCAGUUUACAAAGAAAGGUAACAGCUUUGCUGAAAAAUGUUCCAUUUAAUGGCAUCACCAAAGGGUAAAAAUGAGGCACAAUUAAUUUCUUUCUCGAUUUAAGCGCAAUUUGGAAUGUUCUACAUGAUUUUUACAUCCACAUAGUUUUUUUUUUUAGUGCUAUGAUAACUUUUAUACAUUGAGUAGGAGGAUAUAGUACUGAACUUCCCGUCCUGAGAAAGCACCUUAGGAGCUGUGGCAAAACAAGUGUGGUUCUGAACAGUAAUCUUUAACUCUUUUUUAAAGUUCUUUAAGUUAACGAGAUCUCACCUGUCCAGUGAAGCUAAUCACAGCUGUGGGAGCAGGUUUGUUUAGUAGUUACAGAACGGAUUUUACAGAGCUUAGACAACUUUUUUCCACAGCAAUACAGGUCUUUCAUGUUGGCUUUCCUUAGGUAGAAGCUAAGGGCAAGAUGCCCAACUGAAUUUUUACAUACAGUGUCCUGGAGUGCGCAGAGACAAGUGAGGAUAAAGUCUUGGCCUCCUCUCCUCUAAAGCAGAACUCCUGCUUGUUUAAAUAUUCCACAAGUUGCAUAGUUGGAGAACUAUCAUAGUUUUUGGUGUUUCUGCAGAAGUUGUUUGUAAGAGAGCAUUUUUUUCC